AUGUUGGCACCCAGUCAGGCCAGCCAAGUAACAGAUGCAGUUCCUCUCGGCAAUAAUACUGUCUCCAGAAGGAUUGAUAAAAUCGGAGCGAAUGUCGAAGAUGUUCUCUGCAACAAAUUGAAAAGCAGAGAGUUUACUGUGCAACUUGACGAGAGUAUCCUGAAUGACAGCACAGCUUUGCUGCUGUCAUACCGAUUCAUUGACGACAAUAGAGAAAUGGCCGAGGAAAUGCUGUUUGCUAGAAGUCUGAUUACUGAUACAAAAGAAUCUUCCAUAUUUGAGUCAUUCGUAAAGAAAUUUUUUGAGGAAAAAGAGAUUCCCUUAUCAAAUAUGAUCGCCUGUGCUACUGACGGUGCAGCAGCAUAG